AAACAAAACCACAACGGCUUGUCUUUUGUAUAUACAGGGCUUAAGCUAAACAGAAUUUGCCUACAAAACUUAUUGUUUAUUUACUUGUCCGGUCUCAUUAUUGUCUCAAAAAGCACACGACACCCUGAGCCGCUACGGCGCCAGCUCUCAAUGCAUAACCUCGCUUCUUCGUGAACAAGGCACCAUGCCCUUCGUCGCCAAUACUCCCGAGUCUCUCCUCGCCAGAUCCGACUCCAAAGAUCCCAAUUCGACAUGUCGCGGUAUCACGUCGGCUGGCCGGCCCUGUCGCCGCUCUGUAUCGACAGGCAAUACACCGCCACGCAAACGCUCCAAGCUCGACCUUUCCGAUGAAAGCCUGUACUGCUGGCAGCACAAGGAACAAGCAGUUCAUUCAGCUGCCUCGAGUCCGGGACCUAAACCAAGCAUGAAACCUAUCCGCGAAGAGCGAACUAGCAUUGAUACUCUGGCGGAUAGGCUCGGUUUGGUGGACCUGGAGGAAAAGAAGAGGCCACCGCCAGCUGCAGUGCGGCAAGUCAAGCGUGCACAUCGAUAUCCCGACGGCUUCAACGAAAAGGACCCUAGACGGCCUACUGCAUCGCGAAAGAAACAAUCAAGCAGUCUGCAAUUGUGCUGUUUUUCUAUCCCGAUUGACGAAAUUGCCGACCAACCGCUACGGCCCCGACCAACGACAUCUCCCCGCCGUGUCUCCUCUGCUCCAGCUCAGCACUACGCCUCACCAAAGUACCAGAGUCCUCCGCAAAUUGUGGUUGGGCGACCACGACUACAUACUGCCAAAUCACAUACCGCGCGUCUCAAAUCUCUCAUCUCAAAUAAUCUGCCCGCCGCCACUGCUUCUUCUCUGCUCACUGAGCUGGCGCGGCCAUACGUUGAUGCAGAAGAGCCUGGGUACAUAUACAUGUUCUGGCUGACGCCUACAAACACGGCACCGCUUGCAGCAGCACAGUCGUUGAUUGAUAACUCCGACUCGGACUCUGAUUCGGGAGAUGCCGCGUCGUCCGUCUCGGCAUAUUCGUCUUCCAAGACCAUGCUGCUGAAAAUUGGCCGUGCAGCGAAUGUUCAGCGCCGAAUGAACCAGUGGCAGCGACAAUGCGGCUACGAAGUCCAGGUGCUAAGAUAUUAUCCACAAGGCCUAUCAGAUGGCCAAACGCCACACUGUAAGCGCGUAGAGAGGCUGAUCCAUAUCGAGUUGGCAGGUCUUGGCAUGAAAGCAUCUCUUGGCAGCUGCAAAGCAUGCGGGAGAGAGCAUCGCGAAUGGUUUGAGGUGGAGGUAAAACGUGAGGCAGUUAGGAAGGUUGACCGUGUAAUUCGACGGUGGAUUGAAUGGGAUCUUGCAAGCAAUGUGGAAAAUGACGACGGGAACGACUUACAUGACACAACAUGAUUACGGCGUUUGGGGCUAUGUAUUUACAUCACUUGACAUUCACAUUUUAUAGGAAUUGAACAAAGUGCAAUAAUCAA